UGUCACCAUGGUUCGGGUGCUAGCGGCAGUGGUGGUCAUUUUCAGUGUGUUAAGUCAAGGAGUAUGGAGCUCUGUUCUAGGCUCCAAAACGCGAACGUGGGCGUUACUGGUGGUAAUGCCAUCUACGUUGAGCAAGCUCCCUACAUGGCCUUAUUGUACACCCAACCUGACGCGCCUUGCGGCGGAGUUAUCGUUGAUGAAAAAUAUAUCCUGACCUCUUCGGUCUGCUGUAAUCAGAGAACGGAAGACCUCUAUUGCUUCGUCGGCACAAACAGAAAAGAGCAGUUAGGACGCGCCGUCAUAAUCGACCAGAUUAUCAAGUACCCCAAGGACCUGAAGCCAAGUAUUUGUCUGAUUAGACUGCGGGAGCCGCUGAGAUUCAGUAACACGGUCGCUAAGAUACAGAUGAAUGACGGGAGCAUUAUAUUGUCUAGAGACACUGUUGCAACUUUAACGGCAUUUGGUGCGGAGAACAGUAACGAUGUGUCUUCACUAAAAGAACUUCGUCAGGGAGAGAUCCCCAUUUCUGAUGUUGACUGGUGUAAAAAGGAGGACAAACGCUUGGACGACCUUCAACUCUGCGCUGGAGACCAGGAACAUAACGGGUGCUAUGGAGACGUCGGUGGUGCCCUGACCGUUGACAACAUUCUAGUUGGAGUGUUGGCUGUUAUACCAAACGAUUGUAAAUACCAGCCCUCGCGUUUCGCCAGAAUCAGCUCUUAUAAACAAUGGAUCGACCAAGUUAUCAGACAAUACCCUUAAAU